UGCUGCUCUAGGGGCUGCCCAUGGUUCUCACCCUGCUCGUCUCCAUCUAUAAACUGUGCCGGUUUUUUGCCAUGUCCAGUUCGGAGAGGGCGUUGGUGCCUGAGUCCAUGAGCCAGGCGUGCUUGUGGUCCGGGUCUGGGGUGAGGGCUGCCUGCAACCACCGAGAAGUGUCCCCUGGAGUGAGCACAGAUGUCCAGGUGGCUCUGGAUCGGAUCCUCCCUGAUCUGCACCUGGCCAUAUCCUCCAUGAAGCAGGCAGCUGACCCUGAGGAUCUCAGGAAGGGGAUCACAGAGAUCUUCCAGCUGGUGGAGGAGGCCUGGGUGAUGCCCACCCUGGGGAGAGAUGUGGCCAAAGCUCUGUGUGAUGUGAUCCGCCUGGAGGGGGGCCUGGACCUGCUGCUGAAUCUGCUCCAGGCAACAGAGCUGGAAACCAAGUGCCAGGCAAGCCAACUCGUGGAGCAGAUCCUGGUGGCAGAAAACAGGGACCGGAUUGCCCGGAUUGGGCUGGGGGCAAUCCUGAAUCUGACCAAGGAGCGAGACAACCCCCAGGUGGCCCGCAGCCUCUCAGGUAUCCUGGAGCACAUGUUCAAACACACUGAGGAGACCUGUUUCCAGCUCAUUUCUGACGGGGGCCUGGAUGCCAUCCUCUACUGGUGCCGCUGGACUGAUCUCGUUGUACUGCGCCACUGUGCCAUGGCCCUGGCCAACUGUGCCAUGUACGGUGGGCAAGCCAACCAGCGGCUGAUGAUCGAGAAGAACACGGCAGAGUGGCUCUUCCCACUGGUGUUCUCCAAAGAUGAUGAGCUGAUCCGCCUGCACGCAUGCCUGGCCAUCACGGUGCUGGCCACCAACAAAGAGAUCGAGAAAGAGGUGGAGCGGUCGGGGACCCUGGCGCUGGUGGAGCCCUUCAUCGCCUCUCUGGACCCGGAGCGGUUUGCAUGUGACUUGCUGGACAGCAGUGACAAUAGUCAGGGAAGGACAGCAAAGGACCUGCAGCACCUGGUGCCCUUGCUGGACAGCUCACGGCUGGAGGCGCAGUGCAUCGCCCUCUUCUACCUGUGCAUAGAGGCCGCCAUCAAAGCCAGGCAGAAGAAAACCAAGAUUUUCAGUGAAAUUGGGGCUGCCCAGAGCCUGAAGAGGAUUGUGUGUUACUCCACCAGCAGCACCGCCUCAUCGCUGGCCAAGAAGGCGCUGCGCAUGAUGGGUGAGGAGGUGCCUCGACGGAUCCUGCCCACCGUCUCCAGCUGGAAACCCAUCGAGGUGCAGACAUGGCUGCAACAGACUGGAUUCAACAAAUACUGCCAGAGCUUCCUGGAGCACGAGGUGGAUGGGGACUUGCUGCUGCGACUGACGGAGACGGAUCUGAGGGAAGAUCUGGGGAUGGCCUCUAGCCUCAUCCGGAAGAGGUUUUUCCGCGAGCUGACGGAGCUGAAGACAUAUGCAAUUUACUCCACUUGUGACCGCAGCAACCUGGCCGAUUGGCUGGGCAGCAUUGACCCCAAGUUCCGCCAGUACACGUACAACCUGGUGACUUGUGGUAUCGACCGCAACGUCCUGCACCGUGUGACGGAGGAGCAGCUGCAGGAGGACUGCCACAUCGAUGUCAGCUUCCACCGCGUGCGCAUUCUCUCUGCUGCCAGGGAAAUGCUUCACUCUCCCCUGCCGUGCAGUGGCUGCAAAUCCACCUCCGAGGGGCCUGACGUGUUUAUCAGCUACCGACGGAGCACUGGCUCCCAGCUGGCCAGCCUGCUGAAGGUCCAUCUGCAGCUGCAUGGCUUCAGCGUGUUCAUAGAUGUGGAGAAGCUGGAGGCGGGGAAGUUUGAGGACAAGCUGAUCCAGAGCGUGAUGAGCGCCCGUAACUUCGUGCUGGUUCUCUCGCCAAACACGCUGGAUAAGUGCAUGGGGGACCCUGACCGCAAGGACUGGGUGCACAAGGAGAUCGUGACGGCCCUGAGCUGUGGGAAGAACAUCAUCCCUGUGGCUGACCAUUUUGAGUGGCCUGAUCCACAGGAUCUUCCUGAGGACAUGAGGGCUGUCCUGAAAUUUAACGGCAUCAAAUGGUCCCAUGAAUACCAGGAGGCCACAAUUGAGAAGAUUAUCCGCUUCCUCCAGGGUCGCUCAUCCCGGGAUUCUUCAGCUGGCUCAGAGAACAGCCUGGAGUGUGCAGCCCCUCUCGGGCAGACCUACAGCCAGGCAGUGCCGCCCCAUAUCCUCUAGGGCAGUGUUGUUCAAUCAGGGACCGGCUUGCUGCUUUCCUAAACUGCAUCAGGGAAAUCUCAGGGCAUAGCACCGGUCCUCGGCCCGGCAGCUGAGAAACACGGUGCUAGGGACUUCCCACAAGAGCUGUCCCCAAGUGGGGUUAAAUCCUUCCCGUUAGAGCUUCCUGCUUCCAGGGCUUCUCUCUGGGCCCACCCCGAGGGACCUGGCCCACUUCCCUGGCUCAGACAGUGCAAGAGGAAGGGCCCUUGGCUGGGGCAGCAGCCAAAUAUCUACUCUCUAAUUACCCUCCUAUCCUCGACUCCAGCCCCAGCACCGAAAGGGAUGUUUGCCCCUUAAGGCAAAGAACACUUCCUAUCUGCCUCCUACAGCCUGAGCCUGUAGGGACAGACAAGAGGACCCAUCCCAAUGCCCCAGCUGUUCCCCUUCCCUCGCCAUGACACCCACUCCUCUGAUUCCACAGCCUGCAGAGAAAGUGAUGGAGAGCGCAGACCCUGCCCAGGCACAGUGGGGGGUGAGGUCAGCCUGGGGCCCCACUGCCGCUCUUCUGGGCAGUGCCUGGGACCAGUUGCCUGGGGUUGCCUGAGCAGCGGCCAGCGUGGCUGGUCCUAGGCUGCCCCAGCUCCUCGGGCGGUCCUGGGCUCAGCCACUGCAGCUGCAGAAGUCACAGAGGUCCCAGAAAGUCGUGGAAUCUGUCACCUCCAUGAAAGACUUGCAGCCUUCCCCACGAGUUGUGUACUCACGAGGAUUUCACAAGGGAGCGUCACGCAGCUGGCACAGGCUGCCACGUGGACUCCAGCUCCUGCCCUUACACGCCCUUCUGGGUGCCUGGGGAUCAUUACCAAGGGCAGCAGCUCAGGGAGCAAGUGGCAUGACAAAGUGCCAAUGGGCAGGAGAGGCCAAAUGAAAGCAAAGCCCUGGAGCAAUCCCCUUGUUUUAUGUCAGGUUCUUACAACCUGCCUAGGUGGAGACCUCCCCUCCCCUCAUUCCAAACAGCAGCUCCUGCCCCCUCCUUGGGGCCUCUCACCAUAUCGUGCCCAUCACCGUCAGGCCUGGGGAGCCCUUUGCUUCUAGCUCAGGUAGAAAUCUUUCCCGGGGCCUUCGCAAAGUGCAUCUUGUUUUUAUCACCUGACGUCUCAGUUCUUGCCACUCUGGUGCCAUUGUCAAGGUGCUGUCAGGCCCACGUGUGCAGGGCACAAGGGCCGGGCGCAGAGCUGCAUGGUGCCCAGAGCAUGCUGCUGGGCAGGGGCGUGGAAGGACAUCAGCUGCUGUACUGUAUCUGUGGGAUCAUUAUACGCCGGCAAGGCACUGGGCUGUGGCUGUGCUUUAUUCCUGCCGGCUCUGCUCUUCAUUCCAGACUUGCUAUGGCUCCUGCUUCUCUCAGAGGGAGCUUGCUGACACGGAGCCCAAGAGGUCUGCAGCAUGAGUUUUCCUCCGAGCUCAGGGCUGCACUUAGGUUUUGUUGGCUCCAGCGUUAAGUGACAGGCCAUUUCCUCACCACCUCCCACCCCCAUGAGCAAGAUCCUUUGCACAUGCAAAAUCAGCCAGCAGCUACUCAGCGUAAAGGGUAUUGGGGAUGGGGGCAGAGGCCACUGCCGAGGCAGACAGGCGUUUCCUGGCCAUGGGGCUGGGCUGACAGCAGGACCUUGCAAGAUGUGGGGCCAGGCACAGUUGGCCCAUGCACUCUGGGCCCUGUAAACGGGGGGUGAGGGAGGGGAGGCUGUACUGCAGCUGGAGCUCAAACAUGGGGCUUGUUUGCUUCACUUUGCCCUUUACUGUGGCAUCUGUGGGUGCACACAGAAGCCUGAUGUCAGGCAGCCAAUGCAAGAUGGUCUCAGCUCGCGGUGCUGUGGCCUGUACCUCACCCUGCACCUGUGCAUACACCGUUUGGGUUCUCAUCCCACCCUGCACCUCUGAUCUUUGGCUGCUGCGGGAAGCUGCUCUUAACAGGCCCCUUUCUGAUGCAGGAACUGGCCAGGGGCUUUUCUUGGAGGAGAUGAAAUCUCCUCCAAAGGGGUCCCCAUUCUGCAGGCUGAAGCUGGCUGCUUGGGGCCACACCACAGCCAGCCCUGCCCUAGGAAAAGGAAGGUCACUGACCUAUUGAGCAGUGACAGCCUGCUCCCCCUGUACACCCAGCGAGGCAGGUGACACACAGUGUGACCGGAUGGCCAACAGAGGACGCUCCUCAGGUACCACAGACCACUAUCUUCCAUGCGGCUCACUGCAGCUGUCCUGCCUGUUCCUUCCCGCUUCCAUUCACAGGGCAGCAACUGCAGCAGCCCCUGCAGAGCGCAGCGCAAACGCUUCAAGCCUGCCUGGAGCGCCAGGCCCACCACAAUGUAAACACCCCGGUCACGGUGCCUCUGCACAGCACUAUGUCUACAGGAACCGGGCAGCCAGAAGGGCUGAGUGCUGAACGGUUGCUCAGUCCCAGCAAUACUGUGGAGCAAUUACAUCCACCGAGCCCUCUCUGCCCACAACCCAGCUCCAAAGAAAAUGGGAUGCGGUGAAGGAACCUUUAUGAAGCAUUCAUUAUUCAGUGGAGAUGAUGGGCUCCUGAAUGAGGAAUUGCUUUCAAUUAGAGGCACUGGGGUUUGAGCGAGUGAUGCCACAGGCCAGCAGUGGGUGAGGAGGCACAGCAAUGCAUCUGCAGCUGAUGUGAUCAGAGACAACCAUAGGCACAGGGACACAGCUUGCCUAGGGUCUGCUCCCUCCAGCCUGCACCUUCUCUGCCACUCAGGCCUAGGGGGUAAGGAGGAGCCCAGCACUUGUCACUUUGGGACCGGACUGGAGAUUCCAACCCCAGCAGCACUGCAGGCCCCACUCAGGCCUCUCCUCCCCAUGUGGUGAAUGAAGGGGCAGAGCCUGUUGUACGCUGCACUGGCCCAGAGGCACCUGCGUGGAUUUUAGGGCAAGAGGGCACCAUUGUUCAUCAGGGCCAGCCAAAUAUGUCUUUUGGGAAGGCACGAACCAGCAGGCCUUCAGGAACUCCAGUACGUCUCCUCAGCAUCACAGGCUACUGUGGGCCCAUCCGGCCUGUGCUCCACCCUUUACACUGGCUUCCCAUAGCCAAGAGAGUCAAGGACAAGGACCUGUAAAGGUCUAAGGUGCAGGAUGAGAGCCACAGCAAACAACUUCCUCUCAGGCACAGUGGAACUUUACCAUGAGGAUAAAGCUGAUCCAUGUGGGAGACAGAGCUUGCUGGGGGGCUGGUCUGAGACUGCACAAACUCCCCUGGGAGCUAAGGAUCAGCCCAAACUCCCACUCCCUGAGGCACUGCGCUGACCUGCCUUCUCUAACACAUAGCGAGCAGCAUGGAUAUAGUGAGGGGGAACCCUACCAAAACAUUCCACCGCCCACAUAUUCGGUCCCGGAAAGAGGGUGAGAGACAGAAUAAACCACAGGAGGCAGCUGCUAGCCAUGUUGCUUAACGCGUGAGUAGAAGGUGCUGAGGGCAAUACAAGAACCUGUAUAAUAUAGACUAGAAAGGCUCCCAGCCUGCUUUUUACCCCGGCCCUGGAUGUCCCGGGCAGGGUUUGGGAUUAAUGUGAGCGGGGUGCUCAUUGCAUUCUAAGGACACUCAGACCUGCUGCUCACAGCCACACCAUGGUAGGUCGUGCACUGGCCCAUGCUUGAGGAUCUGGGAGGAGAGCCAACAGAAAGAGCUGUUAUUCCUUCAUAAAUCCUAUUGGAUUCUUCCUUUACACACAGUGGGUGACUGACAGACAAGGUGAGCAUGGUGGGACCAGUGAAAUCAAACUGUACAGACACUGCCAGCUGGUGAUACUGGCCAGGAAAACGGACCUGCAGCCCAAUGGGAUCAGUGCCUGGUGCUGCAUUGAGGAAUUCAGAUACAAAUUCAUCCACAAUCCUGAACUCCCGGCAUGCCCUGUUUGUAGGGAAAGUAGUGUUGGCCCUAAGCUCUGAGUUACACAGCCAGUCCCAGCGCUGAGCUUUCUAUUGACAUAAAACAUCCGACAACUGCUCUACUUCUCCCAUUCUCCCCUAUGUACCUUCCUGCUGCAUGUACCUUCUCUCCCCGUCCCUGCUUGAGCAGGGGCUAAACAAGAGCUUGUGCUGAUCUGGCAAAUACUGCAUAUCAUAUCAGCUGCUGUGAGCGUCACUCCAGUGCCCUAGCAAGUCUCAGGGAAUCAUCUCUAAUCUUUAUGGCUCCAGGCUCUUUGAUGAGGUCAUUCUUCACAUGGCAUCAAAUUAUUUCCUGCUGCUUUUCACUCCAAAGUCUUCAACCCAAGAGAGAAAAGCAGAAGAAUAAUGGACAGAAAUAAGUGGGGAAGGAAGUCUGGACAAACUGGAGAGAGUCCACAGGACAGCACACAAAUGAUAAAAGGUUUAGAAAACCUGACCUAUGAGGGAACAUGUAAAAAAUGGGCACGUUUAGUCUAGAGAAAAGAAGACAGUCUUCAAAUGAGUUAAGGGCAGUUUUAAAGCAGAUGGUGAUCUAUUGUUCUCCCAUCCACUGAAGGCAGGACAAUGGGCUUGAUCUGCAGGAAGGGAGAUUUAGGUUAGAUAUUAGGGAAAACGUUCUAACUGUAAGGAUAGGUAAGUAUUGGAAGGUGUUACUACUGUAGGAUCCCCAUCCCUGGAAGUGUUGAUAAGCAGACACCUGUCACAGAUGGUCAAGGUUUACUUGGUCCUGCCUCAGCACAGGAGGCUGAACUAGAAAACAACUGCUCAAGAUCCCUUCCACCCUUAAGUGUUUAUGAUUCUACAAAAGAACUCUGCUGCCAAGGCCAGCUUUAUGGGCCACUUUGAGAGGAACUAGGGACUUGCUAUUCUGGGAAUGUGCAAUCUUGUCCUUGUCUUAAAUCUGAUUACAAAAUGGGGCAGGGAACAUCUCAGAGCCUUGCACAAGGGGUUUGUUAUCAGCAGUGCCACUUAGUUACUGUACAGAUCAUAUAUUCACACGAAAACAAGUGUAACAGCUUGGAACACUGUGGGCUGGGGAGAGGUGGCACUGCCCCAGCAGGGGAUAGCUGAGCGAGUGACACCGUGAAGACAUGAUGUCACCUGUCACCCUCUGGGAAGGGGAGCAGCAGUCAGCUAGGUGUCAGAAGAGUUCGUCCCACAGAACAUAUGAUUUCCCCCUGCAAAUACACCCCCCUCCCCUGCUCCCCCAUCCAGCUCAGCCUAGUGAUGGGAUGAGAUUGGUCCUGCCUCUGCUAUUCGCUUACUCUGUGGCCUUGGGAAGUCACUUAAUCCACAGUUAUUGAACCUAGGUGCCCACAGUUCUGGAUGUAGGGACAGGUUUAGGUUUAACCCGUCUGCCUCAGGUGCCCACCUUUGCAAAGAACUCUGAAAUCCUGGGCUGCAGGGCACUAGCGGAAGGGCACAGUGUUACUUGCCUUGGCACUUCCCCCAUCAGCUUCUUCUCUGCGGCACACACUGCACUGCAGCUGAUGCUAACACCCAUCUGCCAGUGGAGAACAGCCAAGCUCCACGGGACUUGAGCGUUGGAAGCACUCAUGGCAGUGCGCACAAAGAAUGGGUUCUGCAGCUAGACAAGCAGGAGGGGGGAAUGUCCCUCCAGGCUCUCACACGCUCCUGGGAAGACUUGUUUUUCACUCUCAGCACUGCUACAAGAGCCUGGCCUGAGCAGUAACGUGCAGAACAAGUUUGUUAUCCUGGUGCGGAUGGGGGCCAGGGGCCUGCCUCCCUCCCUCUACAGUCUAUUCAGCCAGUGCUGGGCUUCCUCUACUUCCGUUCUGCCCUUCAGGAGCCAUCUCUUCCUGGAGGGAGAGGUGCAUUUGGUCGCAAGUUUCUUUUUCCAUACUAACGGCUUAUUGGCCACUCAACAGGGCAGAGCUCACUCUGUUCAGAGGGGAAUUUGCCCACUGGC